AUGUCAUUUACAUGUCCAAUUUGCCUGGACGAUGAUAGAACCAACAUCGAAUCUAUUGGCACAUUACAGCCAUGUAAUCACAAAUUCCACAGAGACUGUUUAAGGCGAUGGCAUUUAUACGCUCAUGAUUUGGUGUGCCCCAUAUGUCGAGUUGAAUCUGACAUCCUGCUGGUUAGGCUUAGUGAUGAUCAAAGUAUGGCCCCUAUAAGAGUUGACUUAAAGAAAGGGUUUGACGCUAAGAGGGUUAUGGAGUAUGAACAACAAGAGGAGGAGUUUUUAAGACGGUUUAACGAUGCUCUCAGAAUUGGAAGUCGACAGGAAAGAUUAGUUUUAACACAAUGUAAUAUAUGUGGCGGAUCAGAAGCACAACUGGAUAAAGCUUGCCAUAGUUGUGGAACUCUUUUCCACGAAUCAUGUUUGAGAUCCUUGGCGUGUGAAGUGGGUGAUCCCUCGAGUUGGCAACAAUGUGUAGAGUGCCGGGAUCCGGUGAAUCAAUUUCGUCGAUCUCAUGCUGGUCAUGGCAGUGGUAGUAGCAAUAGACGUUUGCAAAUGCCAGAUGAGAUGACAAGACUGCGAGAAGUUAAGACAAAAAUCCAAGAACAUGUACGACGGGUAUUAAAGGAAUUCUAUCAAGAUAUUGAUCGUGAUAACCCAAGGAUUAAAAUUGACAAAAAACAUUUUACAGAUAUUAACAAGCAAGUGUCAAGAAAACUUUACAGGAUCUCAAAUUAUAGAUAUUUGAGGGGAAUUAUAGAUUACGAUUUGGAAGCACAAAAAGAGGUACGUUUGGAGUUACGUAAAUUGGGAUAUAUUGAUGUAUAA